AUGAAAUUGUUCACAGUUUUAUUGAUCAUUGUGGAAAUAAUCACUGGUGAAACGAAAUCAGCAACGAUCUCAGGUGCAGCGAUCCUGUCACCAACAUCCGUUCUGAAUGCGCAGCCUUCACCAAUACCUGUUGAAAUUACUCCCAUACCUGCUGAUGAUUUUAGUCCAAGAUUUGAUGAAUUUAGACGUAUCGACGCAAACGGUGAUCAGCAAAUUACAUUUGCAGAAUUUAUAUUAGCCGAUCGACCAUACAUUGAGGAUAAAUCGCGAUUGUAUCACAAACAAGAUUUAAAUGGUGAUGGUAUUGUGAGUAAAAAUGAAUUUGCUUCGUAUUAUCGGAAAAAAGAAGAAGAGCGUCGACUGAGGGAACAGCAAGCGGAAAAUUUUUUCAAACAAUUAGAAGUGCCGUUCACUCAACCAUUUGGUUUCGGAUUCCCACAGAAUCCAUUUUUUCCAUUAAAUAAUCGACCUAAUCAAGGUACGGUGCGCAAUACUUCUUCACUGGCAGUACCAUCAGCUAAAGAAAACGAUAAUGGCACUUUGCAGUUCUUACUUUGA